CCGGCCGUUUAGAGAUCCAUGGCACCGUUGGUGUUCAGUGUUAAGAUUCACUUGGUACAACUAUGUGCCUUCCCGCAUUUGUUUCUCUUGUACUUCUGGCACUGAAGUUGCAUCCUGGUUACGCUGCUUCCCCGUGUCUCAGUUCUUCUGGUAAGAAUCCCUUGUUGCUUCCCUCUGUGAUGUCCAUGCAUUUUAGAAAUUUUAACAUGGAACCGGCAUUUAUAUUUCGACAAAAAACCGUUUACACUGAAACUUGCGGCCACAGACGACCCGGUGCAUCAACUUGUCAAUCACAUCUUUGCUAUUCUCGCGCGUGAGCGCCUGGGCUAUCAAAAUGUUGAGUUCGUGCAUUUGGAAGAGGACGAUGAUAUUGCACGAACGAUAGACGGCCUUAAGCCCAGUGAUAAAAGUCAUACCUCUUUGCCGAAUGUACACUUGAAUCUACUCCUGUGGCUUCCCAGUGGAAUCGAUAUCAACCACUGGGCACCACCGUCAACCAUCACUGAUCACGGUCCCCUUGGGCCUACGCGUCAGUGGGAAUUGAGAUCUCAGUCCGAGUUUUCCGGGUCAUCGCGAUCCAAGAAAAACACCUGGUCUUUCAAAUUUGAGAAUUCAUGUUCAGAAAACCCGUCUGCAUACUUCGAACGAAUUUCUGCCCUUAUUGAUCGAGAAGUCCAUUCGAACGACAGCAGUUUUACUGGUCAGCCAGUUACAGUCUACGAGUGGACCGUCGAAGGCUCAAACAUCAAGUCGAACACCUACAAAUGGAUUGAUCCUCCACUUUGCGGCACUCUGUCCUCCAUAACACCGGGAAACGGUGUUGAGACAAUCCCAACCGUUCGAGACUCUGAAGACAAACUUUGUCGGACCGAGUCGUAUCAGGCAGUCAAAAUCUCAUGGGCAAACUUGAGUUCAAUCAGUCCGCCUAUACACAAGUUGGCCUCGCGCAUCUAUUUGGCAGAUUACGAUUUUGAGGAACUUCGACGGAAGGUUGCCCGGUUACGAGUUGGUAGCUCCGCUUUGGAAGGCUUCUUCCAUGAGAGUGCAUGUAGCUGGCUCCGUAGAAAUCCAUCCAAGUGGGUGUCUUGGACCGAGGGCUGGAAUCAAAAGUUGAACUUAACUGUAGCCUGGAUGUCGGAUAGCAUAUAUUUCGGUCUGAAACAGGUCGCUGAACAAGCCAUUGCGUUGCUCAAUGGUGCUGCGUCUUACUUUCGGGACACAGAGUACGCAUUCACGUUGCAUGCUCACCAUUGUCAGGAUGGUAUGGCGUUGAAUGAAUACUUCAAAAUUCUGGCUGGAUCAGCAGAAAACCGUUUGAUUGGGACCAUAGGUGACGCAGAACCCUGGACGGUGAACGUGAAACUGUCUACGGCCUCUGAGGUUUAUGACUGUAUGUGUUCUCCCAAGCGCCACCGAGCCUCUGGUCCAGUUGACCUCCCACCUGCACUGAUCAAAGCGGCUAUCCCUUCAGACCGUAUGGAAAGCGUGGUUGAAUUGUCAAAUUUGCGCAAGAAGUUAAUUCUCAGCCCAACACUGGCGACGGCGCAAUUUCUAGAACGACGACGCUAUCCCUACUUCUUUCGGACAAUACCAGCGAUGACUCAAGCCAACUAUAUUCUCCUUCGUCUAUUUCUCAAAUGGAACUGGCGUCGCUUGGUCAUCCUACGCAAACGGGAUCACUUCUUCAACGCGCGUCUUUUCCAGGCCAAGAAUAUCGAAAUAAUCGAUAUGCAGUUGGAAGAGCAGCAACUGACCUAUAAGAAGGCUCGACAUUCUUUGGAGAAUUUAAAGAAGUUGAAUAGUCGCAUCUUCGUCGUGGAAUACGAGGCCGUCGGAACCUACCGCGUUCUGUGUGCCGCCUACCACCUAGGCAUGCAUUUCGAUGCCGGAUACGUUUGGUUCCUGAACCCCUGGCUUAGUGAUGGCUGGUGGCAACAUGAGAGCCUCUCCGGAAUAAAAGAAUGCACUCAUCAGCAAAUAGCCAAUAUCAGCUCAUUCACCUUCUCCGUCGGACAUCAGUGGAUGAUUCCUGACCUGUAUUUCUCCGAAGAUGAGUUAAUUGUCUCGCCGCCAUCUUCGUCCUCAUCUACCAAUCACUCUGCUGACCGUAGUGACCUCGUGUUUCACAACAAAACCUCGUCUCUACUUAACGUUGGAAACACAAAACGGCAACAUCCCGGGGCUACAAAACAACGCCCGAAGCGCCAGGCUGUAGGGGAUCGGAGUCGCAUUUCUGCUGCUUUGAGGAACUCUUCGCAUAGCUACAAUCUCUUCGACGACAGCAACCAAUCUAAAUGGUACCAGGCCUAUACGACCGAUGCGGUGAUUGCGCUCGGCGUGGCAGUGGUAAAUCUCUUAAAGAGUAACCCAUGGGCGCUGUUCGAAUUAGAUAGGCCUCAGAUUGCAGAGACCUUGCGUGACUUGGUGUCACAGACAAACUCUGCUCCGUUCGGUCUGUUCAAAACGUACUUCAUCUCCUCACUCUUCCGCAGUCCACUCGGACUGCACUUCAACUCUUUAAAUGAGCGUGUGGCUAGCCACUGGGUGGUAAAACAAACACGGGGCAACACAACUGUGCCCGUGUUUUGGUGGAGCGUCAUCCAGAAGCAAUCACAACAACCACUGGUGAGCGCAGCUCAUCAUAAUCAGUCGACAAGCCAGACUACUGAUUCGAAGGCGAACAGUACAGUUGAUGGAGAGGUGAGUGACCAAAACAAGACGAAUGUUGAGAUUCAAGAUCUGCUCGACGCGUUCGCCUCAUUCGAACGCCAUACUUCGAUGAAUAUUGCCGACAAGGUUGACUGGAGUCGAAACGGAGGACCUCCACCUGAUGGGUCUCAGGUCGCAGAUACCUGUGCUUUCCCAUUUCUAAGCAACACACUGAGGAUGGGAUGUACCGGGGCAACGGUGUUCGUCGCUGUAUCUAUCACCCUGGUUUGCCUGAUCCCCGUUAUUCUGGCCAGCUUACAUUAUCGAAGAAAGUUACGCGAGGCAGAGCGGCUAACAAGAAAGCCGUUCGAGGAAUUGUGUGAAGAGUUGGCCGAUCUUAAUAUUCCAAUGGAGGCAGUCGUGCUCAACCGCCAUAUUGGCCAGGGUGCGUUCGGUUUGGUUUUUGGCGGUGAGGUCAAAACGAACGGGACCUGGGAGGCUGUCGCGGUCAAAGUACUCAACGAGAAGGCGACCUACGAGGGGAAAAUCGACUUUCUGUCCGAGGCCAAACUGAUGCGUUCUUUGGAACACCGCAACGUCGUGCGGCUCAUCGGGAUCUCAUUGAAUUUGAAAAACACUAUUUAUUUGAUCAUGGAGCUGAUGUUGCUGGGUGACUUGAAGACAUAUCUGCUGUCUCGACGUAUCCUAGCUCAACGGUCCCCCGACCACGAAGAUAUUCGUCCCAGCACGCUGACAAACAUGAGCAUCGACAUCGCGCAAGGAGUUCAGUAUUUGCAUAGCAAGAACCUAAUUCACCGGGAUAUCGCCUGUCGUAAUUGCCUGGUCGCAUCGGAUCACGUUGUCAAGAUUGGCGAUUUUGGGCUUACACGUGAGAGGACCACAAACCGACCCGAUGGGUAUUAUCGUUUCACCAGAAAUUGUGAACUGCCUAUACGGUGGAUGUCUCCAGAAGCUGUGCAAUACGGCAUGUUUAGCGUGCAGUCCGACAUUUGGUCGUAUGGGAUAACACUGUACGAGAUUGUCACUUUUGGGGUCUUCCCCUACAGUGACAUGUGUGAUGUCGAGGUGGUAGAGCGGAUCAAACGAAUGGAAUUCAGCAUUUCGGAUUUCUUGCCAGCAAGUGCCAGAAACACCGUUGUUUGGAACCUCAUACGACUCUGUUGUCAACAUCAGUUUGGUGAUCGACCUUCGUCGAUGGACCAAGUACUACAGGUACUGUACGAUUAUCCGGAAUGCGUUCGUCCGUUCCUCACAGAUGAGCCACCCAAACCCACCCUCGUCACGGAUCAAACGCCCCUGGUUCAACCCGUUCUUGACGGUACCACAGUCCGGGCUCCUCCGAUCUCCGGCUACUCAGUGAAUGACAGUUGUGUUAGUGAUAUGGGCCUGGGCGCUGGCUUUCGCAACCUUCGUUGUUCGUCUGCGACCGAUUUUCAUCCACUUCAGAGCAGCUUGUCACUACAAUUCGGAGAUCAGCUGGAAGAGAACGCUCAGCGUGUUGUUGAUACCGGAGUGCGCUAUUAUUAUCCUCGCAGAAACCGCCUAAGUCAUUCGUCACUUCACAAUCUGGGCGGUGGAGGAGCUGGGGACUGUCUCAAAGCGUGCUCGAACCACAGUGUUGUGGUAUCUUCAGCUUGUAUUGGUGAACACAAUCAUGCUAACUUGUCCGGUUCGGCGUCUUCUGAAUCGUCCUCAUCAUCUCAGUGCCCUGGUUUCUUUCUCCCACCCUCUGUACCCCAAUCUCCACAGCAAGAAGCCCACAAGCCGCUUCUUUUGACCAGCACUGUCAAUAGCUUUCGUGAGAGGACUGAUGCCAAGAUGUACAGCAACAAUCGGCGGCGUUCUCCAUCUUUGAGCCAGUCACCGGCGCUAGAAGGUCGCGCUGAGUCGUUGAAACUGCUGCCCCGCGAUGGGACACCAAACGUUGCAAAGAGUACGGAACUGAAUGUGUAUCGACGUCUUUGUGGUGUCCCUCAGAGAAGCCUGUCUGUGACAAACGUUCACGAAUUGGUGCGGUCGGAAGUACAGACUCCCGAGUUUACUACAGACGAGGAUCUAACUUUCUAUUCUGUUGGUACCUCAAUUUUCAGCCCAGUUUCGCCCAAUCUCAUACGAGCCGAUUGCUCCUGUCCGUUUCCCGCGAAACGUGCUUCCGGUGAUACCCACGAUUCCUGUGGCUUGGAUCCGCUUUAUUGUCACAGUUUUGAACACCCUCCAUGAUUUGUCUCUUCAAUUUGAUCUGUUCCACAUGGCAUUUUCAUCCCACUUUUAUCACGGUCCUGAACUUCUCUCUUUCAUUUCGUUCUCAUCAAACUCUGUCACUCACGGCGCCGAUACCAUAUCAUAGCAUUUUGUUCCUUUUCCCGUCUGCAUGUCUCAUGCAGCGCUUCAACUUUUUGAAGGUAUACUUACUGAAUCGGGCAUCAUCACACACACAACUACUUGCGUUACUUGGAAUGCUUCUGUCUCUGUGAAAACUACUUUUGUAGGUCUUUGUAGGUAGUAAGACCUUCGUCAUACUCGAUCACUAUUUCCUAAAUCACGAUAGUUUUUGCCAACGCUUUUGUCGAUCAUUCAGUGUUUAAUCAUUGCAAACUUCAUUUUGUCAUCACCCCUUUGGUGUGCGACUUCUUUGUGGUCUGGAUUCGUUUCCUCUCAGAUGUCCACCUGGAGAUAGCGAAACAACCAUGGUUGAAAGGAACAGAUCAUCAGUACUGUGGGCCGAACAGUUUUUACGCAUGUAUGCAGGUUAUUUGUUUUAUGCAGGGAAUAAAAUUCUUUUCAACUGGAA